AUGGUAGACGAAACAACACCAGACGCUGUUCUUCCCCAAGUAACAUUCAAAAAACGCUCCUCAAAAGCAAAAUCCAAUUUUCGCAAACGUGCAGCUACACCACCCGCUGCUGCUGCUGCCUCCGACUCCGACUCAGAUUUUGUCUCCUCAGACGACGACGAAGGCCGCAGGAUCAAACGUCGCCGCAAAACUGCCGUUGUCACAGCUUCCUCCGCGGGGAAUAAGCUACACAGGAAACUCGACGAAGAUAAACCCGAAUAUGCCACUGCAGCUCCGCUAGUGAAAUCAAACGAUGCCACGAAACAGACGAACUGGUACGAUGAAGCUGCAGAUAAAAAUGGCGAUGAUCUCAGCGCGACGAAUCUCCUGGGCAGCACACGCGCAAAGCCCGGAACAGUCAUCACGCCCUCGGUGGAUGGGACGUACAAGGGUGCCACGAACUAUCAAUCAUUCAUUCAGAAAAACCCCGAUAGCGCCGGAAAACAGUUCGGUCCUAUGAAAGCCGCGACGAAUAUUCGUACAGUCACUUUUACGGAUAUGGCGCCAGAUGUGUGCAAGGAUUAUAAGAAAACGGGAUUUUGCGGCUUCGGCGAUUCGUGUAAAUUUGCGCACAUGCGAGAGGAUUAUAAACAUGGCUGGCAACUCGAUAAGGACUGGGAGGUAGAGACAAAAGGGAAGAAAGUCGCUGGUCGCACUAUCGCCUCGCUAGAAAAGCGUGGUCAACAGGCCGGAGAUGACGAGGAUGAGGAUGAAGAGAUGUUGGAGAAGAUUCCGUUUGCGUGCAUCAUUUGCAAGGAAUCGUAUAAAAACCCGAUUGUGACGAAAUGCGGGCAUUACUUUUGUGAGUCUUGCGCUCUGCAGCGGUAUAGAAAGAAUCCUUCAUGUGCGGCUUGUGGUGCGGGGACGGGAGGUGUUUUCAAUACAGCAAAGAAGUUGAAUCGGUUGCUGGAGAAGAAACGUGAAAGGGCGAAGAGGCGCCACGAGCAGGCUAUUGAGAAUGGAGAAGAGGUUGAAGGUCAAGCCGAGACUACAUCUUGA